CGCUCUUUUACCAGUGGCAGUACUAAUGAAUCUCCUCUUGUUCUUACUGCAAACGUUUCCGGAGACUCCUUUACUUUGUCUAAAAUCAGCAAGGAGGACUGGCGUUACCAACUUUGGAUGCACUGGAAUGGUAUUUUAAUCAAUUUUGCCACCCAGUUGGCUAUUGAUGUUAACAACGUCGCAGUUGGAUCUACCAUCCGUCAGGAAUUACGCCAGGCUAACUCUGUGUCUCAGAAAUGGUUCAUUACCACAGAAGGUUAUCUCGUUCAUGGCUCAAAUUCGGCACUUUCUCUUAUCCCAGAAUCUACUGAAUCUGGCUAUAAACUCACUCUUGUUGAACACGUUUCCGUCAAGCAAGAGCACCGAUGGGGUCUCUUAUCUCCUGAAGUCAAAGCUGAAAAUGGCCGCCAACUUUUGUCUAGCUGGAAGGUCUCUCUUUUGAACGAGUGCAAGAAGGUGAAUGGCCAAUAUGUACAAAAGACAAUUCAUCGUAUUGCCAACUGGCCAGAAGAUACCUUCUUCAUUACCGCACAUAACGGCCUCGCCUUGGUACCUGAAAAGUCACAAUCUUACUCUACCGUCAUUGUCAGCAAGUUGGAAGUCGGACACUACGAACGAUUCCAAUGGGCCUUCCGUGACGGCUUCCUUGUUCACGUGGCUACCGGUUUGGUCCUUCAUGCGGAAGAUGAUCUGGUUGGUGGAAGUGAACUUCAGAUCAGAGAACAAUUAAUUACCGAUAAGCAUACAAUUGACCAACGCCAACGAUGGCUCGUGAAGACCGAUGGCUCAAUUGUCUCUGAAGCCAAAAAUAACCUUGGUUUUGUCCUUGUAGAGCAAGAUAAACAAUUCCAUGUCCAACUUGCUUAUUCUAACAACACAACCGAGCACUACAACUGGGGCUUUGUCCAUGGUCAUUAUGAAUCCCGCUAUAGUGAUGUCUACAAGAAGGAACUUCAAGUCUUGUCACGUACUGAAAGAAUUCUUUUAACAGUCAGAUACGGCCAAGCUACUUCUUCACACACUAAACUUGUCACUCAUGUCUGUGGUGUAUUCCCCGAGAACUGGUUCUUUAUCCGUUCAAAAGCUGAUAGUUCUCUUGUUUUGACUGUCUCUGAUCGUAAAGAAGGAAGCAAGCUUAUCCUUGCGAAGCUCGACACCAAGAAUUUCCGUCGUCAGCUCUGGCACGUUCAGGAUGAAGAAUGCCUCGCUAACCUUGAAACAGGCUAUGUCAUUGACAUUGCUGGUGGUGCAUUAAACCCUGGAAGUGAUGUUAUCCAAUGGCAUGAAAAGUUCUUGAAGCGACAACGAAAGAACCAAAUCUGGGGCCUUACUGUAGAUGGUCACUUACAUCCCAAGUCCCGUCCUGGGCUCGUCUUGGGUCCUAAGGGUAACAAGGCCGUUGAUGGCGCUGAAGUCCAAUUGCACACUCGAGGCUCUCUUGACCUUGAAUAUCAACGCUGGUCCUUUGCUAUUCCCGUCUUUGGAAGAGCUAACGGUACGAAGGCUACUGGUGUCUUGGAAAACAGCAAAGAAGAUGUUUCUAUUGAAAGCGUUAGCGAGACUACUGUUACCACAACCAAUGUUGAUCGCUAUGAACGUACCGAGAAGAUCACUAUUGUCCGUCGCUGGGGUGUGUUCCCUGAGGGAGGCUUCUUCAUUCGCGUUAACUAUGGUGAAGAGCGCCUUGCCUUGACUGUUGAAAAGAAACCUAUUACUGGCAGUGACGGCCUUACUGAAUACGAGGUUACUUUGAGACCUAUCAACUUUAAGGAGUACCAAUGGCACUUCUGGUUCUACCAGGAUGGUCACCUUAUUAAUGCUCAAACUGGAUUAGCUUUAGACGCCACUCCAGUCAAGGGUGUCUUAAUUGAAGGUGGUUUGCGUACGCCUUUGUAUGUUCGUGAAAAGAACAUGUCACAGUAUCAAUUCUGGUCACUUACUGCUGAUGGUGAAAUUCAUUUGAGAUCCGACCAGCGCCUAGUUGUUGGUGUCUCCAACUCCAGACGUACCUCUGUAUCUGGUGCUCAAGUCGGUAUUCAUGAACUUCGCGUUCGCAAGUUUGUUAACGAAAAGGGUCAACAAGAGGCCUCCAUCAAAUCUGAACAAUGGCUUCGUUGGGUCUUCUCCAAGCCUGUUUAUGGAUCUAGCAAAUCAGCUACGACUACUACUGAAGAAGUCACUAAUGUCGUCUCUGCCAUCACUGGCGGUCUUGUUGCUUCUAGUCAAGUAGUGGAAGGUUUCACUGAUCAUAAGCUUGAAGUCAAGGAAACCGAAGAGAGCUCUGAUGACUACGUUGAAGAAAGCGAAAGCGACGACGAUGAAGACAGUGAAGAAGACGAGGAAGCUGUUAAGCAGAGAUCCGUCACUGAUAAACUCAACCUUACUGGCAACUUGGGCAUUGCCACUGCUGGUGCUACUAUCUUGGCAGGCGCCGCUGGAGUUGCCAACGCAGCCACCUCCAUCCUUGGCGGCCAGAGCUCAAAGGCAGACUCUACCACUGUUGUCGACAACCAGAAGCAAGAUACUGUUAACACCGAGAUCAAAAAGGUCACGCAUGCUUCUCGUCAAGACUCAUUCCACCUUUCCUACCAGUAUGUUCCCACUGGUUAUGAAAAGGUUGUUCGUUACAAGUCUCAUCAGAAGCCCUUCUUCCCUACUGAUGGUUACUUUAUGAUCAAGAGUUAUCUUCACGGCUACGUUCUUGAUGUGGCCAAUGGUAUUGCCAAAGACGGCAGUUAUGUCGUUCUUGCUCCUAUCAAGACUACUGACUUUGCUAGUCAACUCUGGUCUUACAGAGGUGGUCGCCUUGUCAAUCUCAAGGGACACAACCUUGUGCUCGAUGCUUCUCUGACUGAUAAUGUCUCUUCAGGCGAACGCGUCGGUAUCUCCACUCAAAAGACAUCAUUGGGUAUCUCCGAUCAACACUGGGAAUUUGACCUUGACAGCGGUGUUAUUCAUUUAGCUGGCAAGCGUAGCCUUGUACUCUCUGUUAAGGAACUCAAGCCUGCUACCGAAAAGUCCGGUCCUGUUGAUGUCUUUGUACAAGAAGAAAAGUCUCACAAGAAGAGUAACUUUGCUCGUGCUGAACAGCGAUGGGAAAUUAAGAUCCCUGCUCUUGUUCCUGUCGAUCAAACAAAGACUACUAAUGUCGAAUCCAGCUACACUAUUAUUGAGGCUGGUAAGGUCAGUGCUGUCUCGAGUUCUCUUUCUGCUGUUCUUGCAUUUGAAUGGUUAAAGUCUACCUUCUACCAUAAGAUGGCUCACGACAACCAAUGGCCUAGUACUGAAAAUUGGUUCUUUGUCCGUAUUGGUAACGAAAACGCCUUCUUGAGCGCAGGCACAAGCGCAAAGGAUGAAGUAACGUUUUCUCCUAUUGCUUCUCGUGAUGAUCAUAAGCGAUUCCUGUGGGCCUAUGUCGACGGUUAUUUGGUAAACUACAAGUACAUGCUUCGUCUUGUGUUCGACAAGGGCGCUAGCAAGUUGCUUCUCUCUAGUAGCACAGACACACUUACUCAAGUGUUCUAUAUUACCAGCAAAGGUGCUCUUUAUGUCAAGAUCAACUCCGAAACUAUUUACUUUGCCACAACCGUUGUUGACAAAGCAACAAGCAAGUACAGAAUCACUACUACCACUGAAUCUGAGCACCAGUCAGUUGCUCAUCCUAUUCAGUUGCACAUUCCUGUCUACACCAAUUAUCAAGUCGAGAAAGAGGCUAAUGUAGCCUUGUCUACUGUUAUCACUUGGGUUCAUACCUGUCAAAAGGUUACCACCACAAAGAUCACCAAGUCAUAUCGCUAUGGUGUCUUCCCUGUCUCCACUUGGUUCUUCAUCAAGGCCGAUACAAAGGGUGGCGACAGUCUUGUUCUUGCUGUAAAGGAUAACGCUACUUCUGAAGGCGCCAGCUUGGUGUUGAAGAAACUUAGCUUCAAGGACUACAAGAGCCAGCUCUGGACAUUCCGUGAUGAUUCAUUGUAUAACUAUGGAUCCAAGCUUGUAAUUGAUGUCCAUGGUGGUGUUCAAGAGAAUGCCUUGAUCAAACAGUCCUCUGAAUCUGGUCUUGGUACACAGAAAUGGUCUCUUACACCUGAAGGUCGUAUUAAGCUUGACAGUUACGAGGAAUAUACUUUGGGUAUUCGUCAAUCCGACAGUAUUGUUGAAGAUGCCGAACUUGUAUUGCUUCAAUAUAACGAGUCAAAGGCUGCCCAAGCUAUCACUUGGAAAUUCUCCGUACCAGUGUUUGGCAAGAAGAAUGCUGAACAUGUUACUUCCAUUGACACUAUUGCUGCUUCUAUUGAAGAAGGUGCUGUUAUCGAAACCGUUGAAGAGAUCAAGUUCAAGGUUGAUGAAGUAUUUGCCAAGAAGACUAAGCGCUCUUCUAACAAUGUCGCAAAAGUUGAUGAUAAAGAAAGCCAUCAUGAUGCCCAUGACAUCCUCAGUAGCGUUGGUAUUGUAGCUGGUGCUGCUGCUGCUGGCACAGCUGUUGUUGGUGUAGCAUCAAAGAUUAUGGAUAAGCUUACUGAAAGUUCUGACUGCAAGAAGACCGACUCAAAGGCCUCCACUGCCGUUCAAAAACAAGAUUCCAAGUCCAAGAUUUCUGUAACCGACAAGUCCAAGAAUACUGAAACGGUUGUUGUGCGUCGUUCUAAGCGUACAUCAGUACAGGUCAUUCAAGAAUCCCAAUCCAUUGUUCGUGCAUGGAGAAUUGUGUUCAGCCAACGCAUUCACCGUUGUGCUUCAAAGACCGAGUUGAUUCAAACUAUUGAGGAAUCUCGUGAAGAAUUGUUCAGACGUUUAGACGAGCAUCUUCGUGUCUACACCUCUGUUGAGCACAUCGUCUCUGGUUCCAUUCCUGAAUGGCAUGUCUCCAUUCAGCAAGUCAAGGAACUUUACCGUGCUCGUAUUUUUGAAAGCUUCCUUGAUCGUUUGCAUCAUGAAGACAUCAACUAUGCUAGCGAGCUUGAUUUCGACUCUAUCUUGGAUUCUGCUACAGAAGAAGUUGAUCGUCACUAUGCCUCUGUGAUUGAAGAACAAAAGAAGGUUCAGACGGAAGUUUCUACAAGUGUUGAAGGCAGCACUACUACGGAAGUGUCUUCCCAUGAACACAUUCUUCUUACUGUCGACACCAUCAAAGUCAAGGUUCGCUACUGGCUCAUUGGAUUGUACGAAGCCAUCUCAGUUGCCAAGAAGAACGGUAGCUCUGAAGAGGAAAUCAACACUAUUGUUGAAAACUCUCGUAAGCAGCUUUCUGCCGAAUUGGGUGAAAUCAAAUCCUCUGUUAAAACUCAUGUCGAGAAGUCCUCUACCACAUUGGCUUCUAAGCAAACUUCCAUUGUCAACACAAUUGAUAAGGCUAUCUCUCAAACAGAAACCUUGGUCACCAAGCAAGUCACUACUAUUCGUACUGAGAAGCACUAUGAAGUCUCUGAAGAGUACUGGCUUGAAAUAACUCGUACUGCCGAAGAAAGCUUAUCUUCUGAACUCAAAGUUUAUCAGAAUGCUAUCACUCAAGAAGUCUCUGAGGCUCAAAACAGUCAAGUCAGCAAGACUGAUCAAGCUGAGAUCUCAGUUGUCUUGGAUGAAAAGAUGGUCAGUGUUGCCCAAGAGACAGUUAGCAACAAGUUGAUUGAAACAAAGACCAAGCUUACUAGUUGGUUUACGGAAGUCACUCAACAAAUCUCUUGGAUUGCAGAAUCCUCUUCAUCUCAGGAAACCUUGAAGCAGGACACCAUUGCAAUUGUCGAUGCUGCUCAGAUCGAACUUGCCACUCGUAUUGAGGAAGCCAAGUUGGUCUUGCGUACGUACUAUGCCCAUUUGACUUAUCUUAGCUGGGCUGAACGCCGUCGUAUUGAGUAUUCUUUGGAUAACAUCAAGGCAUCCAUCGUGGCCAAUAUUACUCACUUCAAGCAAUCAAUUGACAAACAAGAGGUUACAAAGGAGGAGAUUAUUCGCUACUCCAGCUACUCCUUUGGCGCUACUGUCUCCCGUAUGGUUGUCUUGGAUAUUCAGACAAUCGUCACAAAGGUAUCUAAGGUUAAGGAAACCAAGACAGUUGUCAAUACUUCUGACGAAAAGAAGGCCGAGGUCGCAAAGGUUGGUGUCAUCACCGAGAAGAAGUCCACUACCACUGAUAAGGUUGAUGCUGUUAAGACGGAUAUCUCCAAGACCCAAGAAAUCCAAAAGGUUAAUGUCGAUCAAAAGACCCAAAUAACCGAUAAGGUCGAAGCUGAAGUUGAACAGACCAAGGUUGGUAAGGUCGAAGAGAAGGUCUCUACAGCUGUUGAAGAGAACAAGACCUCUAGCAACACUGGUAAGACCGCUUUGACUGCUAUUGGUGCUGCUGCUGCCGCUAUGGCAAGCGCUGCUAUCUUCCAUCACCAUGAAGGCAAGGAAACUCAAGAAAAACAGGAAUCGGGCGUAUCAACUGCUGUUGUUGAGAAGCCUUCUGUUACUCAGACCAACGUUGUCCUUGGAGGUAACGCUAAGACUCUUCAUGAACAUGACAAGAAGAAGACUACUACUACAAGCAAGCAAGAAAAGUCUGAGACUCUGGUUGUUGUCUAUGACCAGGUCCAGGUCACUGUUAAGGAAUGGCUCACCAACUUGAAUAAGCGUGUUCUUGAAUGUGCUCAAAAGAAGUCUGAAAAUGUUCAAGAAGAGAUUGAUACAAUCAUUUAUGAAUCUCAACAAGAACUUGUGGUCGCUAUUGAAAAGGCCAAGAGAACAACUACUUCUGUCAUCGGUACUUCUCAGACCUCCUUCCAUGAUACUCUUGCUUGGAUCCGAAGCACUGUUUGGACUCAAACCUCUGAAGUGAAACGCGUUGCUCAUGAAUUUGCUACUUCUUCAGAGACUGAUGUCGCUGUUUAUGAACAGAAGCUUAAUUCAAUCAAGGAAACUACCUUGUCAAAGGUCAAUACCACCAUUGAAAAGACUAAGCAAUCUGCUGCCUCAAUUCAUAUUGUUGGUCACGAAUCAUCUGCUACUAUUGCUGCUGGCAAGAAGUUUGAAGGCGUUGACUACUCCAAGACUAGCCACGGUGAAUCUAUCGAAAAGACAAAGGUUACAGUUGGUAUCCUUAUUGAAGAGACCCGAACCACUGUUCGCCGUACUCUGGAUCAACUUGCUAUUUCUAUUGCUGAACGUCGUAAGCAAGGAGGUGAAAAUGUCCAAAGCGAUAUUCAAGAGAUUGUCAAGAAGUCUCGUGAGGAAAUUACUCGUUAUAUCGAGCACUCCAAGAGUGAGUUUGAAAAGCGUAUCACUCAUACUCAUCAAGUGAAAGAAUCCUCAAACAAGGUUGAAGUUGAAUUGGUAAAGGAAACCAACAAGAAGGUUCAAGCUACAUUGGAACAAAUUCAAGAAACCGUCUUGGUACAAGUAUCCAAGGUUGAAGAGGCCUCUACUACCGUUGCUACAACUGAAGUCACUGAAGUUGAGUACUCAGAGAAGCUGACUUCCAUCUGUCAUGAGGCCUACGAAAAGGUCGAUGUAACCUUGUCUGUAUCCGAGACUAUCAUUGGUCAUCACGUUGAAGUUGUAGCUGAAUCAUCUACUGUUGAACACACUACUACUACAGCCACUGAGAAGGCCGAGUCCAAGAAGGUUUCUUUGGGCGUUGAAUACGGUAUUGUAGUUGUCGCUGAAACUACCAAGGUUGUCUCUAGUCAACUGUCUCAAUUGAUUGAACGUAUUCAUCAUCGUAUUGCAACUAGCAAGGAGACCAUCGAAGUGGAUGUUGAAAGUUAUGUGAAAGAAUCCAAUGCUGAAAUCGACAAGGCUCUUGAUGAAGCCAAGUCCAAGAUCGAGUAUGAGCUGUCCAUGGUUGCUUCACACGAAAAGGUCGAAGAGGAACACUUCCUUGCUGUUAUUGAAGAAUUACGUUCAUCAUCCAAGAAACGUAUUUCACAGGUACAGGAAGUCGUCGUUUCCAAGAAGGAAGAAACCAAGACUGUCUCUGAACGCUUGAUGCAAAUUGCUGAGGAGUCUCGUCACGAAGUUUCUUCUCAUCUUGAAUCCUUCAAGAAAGCCGUAUUGAACAAGACUGAAAAGGCCAAGGAAUCAACCCACCACGGCACUUCAGGCUCUACUGCUGUUACUCAAGUUGAAGAAAAGGACCAUGAAUCCAAGGUUGACCUGGCCAAGAAGGUUCUUUUGGGAUCUGCUGCAGUUGCCGCUGGUACAGCCAUUGCUGUUGAAGUCGCCAAGAAGGUUUCUGCUCAUAAGCAAAAGGUCGAAGAAGAAGAGAAGGUCAAACAACAGACAGUUGUUGUAGUUGAAGACGUCAAGACACAAUUCAACCAAUGGAUCUCUUCUCUCACAGAAACCGUUGUGAAGCAAACCAAAGAAUCCCAAGUUUCUCAAGAGGAAAUCUCUAUCACUGUUGAAAAAUCCAAGACUGAAUUCUUGGAAGUUAUCAAGAAGGCCAAGACAAGCACAGUCAUCACUGAACAACAUCAACAAGAUGUCUUGAGCUGGAUUGAGCAAACUGUUGUUGCUCAAGCUAACCGUAUUCAGGAAGUUGCUGUCAAGUCUAGUUCUUCUAGCGUAGUUGACAUUGAAUCAAGGCUUGAAGUCAUCAAGAUUUCCACUACUCAAGAAGUUGAAAAGGCUUUGGAGAAAGUCAAGGACAUCAAGUCUUCCACUACCAAGUUUGUUGGUUCCACUAUUGAGCAGCUCCAACAAAAGGAAUCUGCCUUAUUGGACGUAAAGAGUGAACUCACACUUGUCAUUCAAGAUGUCAGAACCUCUCUUGUUACCUUCUUCCAAAAGUUCACUAGCUCCGUUGUUGAACGUGUCAAGCAAGGCGGUGACAAUGUUUCAAAGGAUGUUGCUAAUUUGGUUGCCAACACUAGAAAGGAGGUUACAUCCUACAUUGAAAAUAUUAAGGAUACCGCAACAAAGAAGUUAUCUUCUUUGGAAACCAAGUCAGCUGCCUCAGUUAUUUCAGUUGCAACACUCUCUGGUAUUGCUACUGCUGAACUUAUUUCUGCUAUCAAGUCUACCGAGGAAACUCUGAUUGAGAAGGUUAACCGUGUGUACUCUACUGUUUGGUACAUUGAAAAGAAUCAGGACACCACUGAGAUCAUUCAAACCAUCGAAACCAUUGAAAAGGAAACUACGGUUGAAAUCACUACAAAGAUCGAAAGAUCUCAUAGCAACGUUGUCAGCGGAAUUAAAGAACACCACCAUGCCGGUCAUAUCACUGCCACUGAGACUGUUCACCAUGAUAGUGCAUCCUUGUCCGCUUCAUUGACCAUUCAAGAAGUUAAGGUUACCAUUCGUGAAUGGCUCCGUACCGUUGCUGAAAGAGUCUCUGUCUCCUCUCAAAAGGGUGGAUCAUCCGAAGAAAUCGAGUCUAUUAUCAAUGAAGAAACCACUCGUAUCUAUGAGUACCUUGAUUCUUCAGUAACCAAGAUCUCUGAUCAUAUCAAGUCCGAAGAAAAGAUUCAAUAUCUUCACUCAACUGUUGAAAACAUCAAGUCUACUAUCAACAAGACUACCACUGAAAUCAAGACCAUUGGUGUCGAGUCUUCUGGCAAGUCCAACUCUUAUGGUGGCUUUGACAAGAUGACCUCUGUUAUCACCGAACACGAACACAUCAUCAGUGAGGCACUUGUUACAUAUGAAUCCAAGACUACAGUCAAGGAAACCCAUAAGCAAGAAUCUCAACAUGAGGAAGUCGUCAAGCAUGAGGAGACUAAGCAAAACAAGAAUGUCGAAACGGUAAUCACAGUUGAAUACCUCACGACUACUAUUCACACCUGGCUUGAAGAGCUUAUGAUUGAAGUCUCUGAAAUUGCUAAGCGCGAACACGAUAUCAAUGUUGCCACGAAGCAAAUCACCUCAGUCAUCAAUGACGCCAAGGAAUUCAUCACUACCGAAUUGGAAAUCGUUUCCAAGAGAGUUCGUCAAACAAAGUCUAGCUCUUCUCAAGAACUUGUCAACGCUAUCCAAUGGUCUAUUGGCAUGAUCCUUCAAAGCACUACCCAGAUUCAACAAAUCGGCGUCAAUUCUGCUGUGUCCUUCAGUACAACUGGCGGUAUUGAACAAAUGCGUUCUUUGGUCAGCGCAACUGAGACUCAAAUCAAGGUUGUUCUCGAACGCUGUGACAAGACCAUCAAGGUCGAUAUUGAGCGUAAUGCUACUCAUUGCGAAAAGCACAAGGCUAAAGCAGGAACGUGAAAAGGCUGAUAAGGUGAAGAAGGCCAAAGACCAAAAGAAGAAGCCUUGUGAUUCCAAGAAGGAUAAGAAGGACAAGAAGCCAAAGAAGCAUGACUCUGAUUCCGAGACUGAAUCUGAUUUUGAUGACUCUGACAGCGAUCAUUCUGAUGCUGAUGAUCACAAGCAGAAAGUUAAGUACGAAAAGAA